CUGGGGCCUCUGUUUGUGAGAUGCGCUUUCGGUUGGCGGUGCCAUCUGCUGAACCUUGUUUUAAUAGGUAUCCAAAUUGGGCACAAAUGGAACAUCUCCCAUCUCCCUUCUCUCUUUCUUUUUCGUCCUUAAACCCCCUCAGCUCCUCCUCCUUUACCUCCCUCACCUUUCUCCCUCACCUUUACAUCCUCCACAAUGUCCCACCCCAAGCAGACCAUCCUCGUUACCGGCGGCUGCGGCUACAUCGGCUCACACACGGUCCUUCGACUGCUCGAGUCCGGCUACAAGGUCGUCGUCGUCGACAACCUCUCCAACUCCUCCUACGAGGCCCUCCGCCGGGUCCACACCCUCUACGGCCAAACCGCCGCUGCUUCGCCCUCCCCAGUCUUCGAAGACGCCUCCCUCCCGCUCGAGAGCUUGAUCCCAUUCUACAAAGUCGAUAUCCUCGACCGCACCGGCCUCAAGGAGGUUUUCGCCUCCCACCCCGACAUCUCAUCCGUCAUCCAUUUCGCCGGUCGCAAGGCUGUGGGCGAAUCCGGUCGCAUUCCUCUGGACUACUACAAUGUCAACAUCUCUGGCACGGUGAAUCUGCUCCAAGUCAUGGAAGAACAUGACGUCCGCAAGAUCGUCUUCUCCUCAUCCGCAACCGUCUAUGGCAACCCACCCCAUAUUCCCAUCCCAGAGGAAUCGCCCAUCGUCGCGUCCAUGAGCCCCUACGGUCGGACAAAGGUCUUUUUGGAGCAUAUCAUCAAGGACCUCUGUGUGGCCUCGCUACUGAAGCAGGAGCAGCAUCUGGCGGAAUUGAAGCACAGUGGAGAGGACUCUGAUCAGGCCAAGGACACGCAAAAGAACUACCAAUGGAGCGCUGUCCUGCUGAGGUACUUUAACCCCGCGGGCGCACAUCCAAGCGGGAUCAUGGGCGAAGAUCCUCAGGGGAUCCCCAAUAACCUGAUGCCGUUCCUCGCCCAGGUCGCGGUCGGAAACCUCGACAAGUUAUCUGUCUUUGGAAACGAUUACCCUACAGUUGACGGUACCUGCAUUCGCGAUUACCUCCACGUGGUCGACUUGGCACAGGGACACGUCGCUGCACUCGAGAAGAUGCAGAGCUCUGGAUCGCAAUUCGGCUGCCAGGCCUACAACGUGGGCACGGGUACUGGCUACUCUGUCUUUGAUAUGAUCAAGGCUUUCAACAAGGCCGUUGGCAGGGAACUGCCCUUUGUGGUCACGGUACGUCGUCCAGGUGAUGUCCCUAACUUGACAGCGGAUCCAAAACUCGCGAACAAGGAAUUGAACUGGAAGGCCGAGAAGACUCUGGACGAGAUGUGUGCGGAUCUGUGGAGGUGGCAGCGUAAUAACCCUAAGGGGUAUAACACUGUAGUACCUAGCACGGUUUAAGAAGAAGAAGAAAAAAAAAUGGUGUACAGGAUCAUCUUGUUGAACGAUCGUUUGAGGAGGGGGCGAUUCGCUUGGGCGGAACAAACACGAAAGAGAAGACCUCGUAGAAAGCAGGAUCGAUCGAUAUACAUAUAUACAUAGAGAAUAAAAGAAUGACAACUGCACAGCGUAAAAAAAAAUAAACUCCUCGCUUUGUCCGUC